AUGAUGAUGAGCAGGCAUCAUCUUACAGUGGUGGUCUUGUGGCAGUGCCUAUUUGUAUGCUGCUGCUGGUGGAAUCCUCAGUCGCUUGCAUUGGCAUUUACCCUCAGAUGGCCACAAAACACAAAGAGUCUCAAAACAUCACCCACAAACAAUGAACUCCAUCAUCAGAAUCAUCAUCAAACAGUUUUAAAAUCGACUCCUUUUGAAGCUGGAUUGUAUGAUACAGAUGAUGGAGAUGAAUUUGGUAAUCCAUAUGAAGAUAGUCCCUCGCCCAAAUCAAAUUCCCCACUCAAGGUCCCUCCCGAUACCAAAUUGGUGGUGGGAUUGAACAAAUACUCGCAUGACACGACACUUUGCGCUGCCAAUGCCAAAACAGGACAAGUACUCUUUGCCAUGGCCAAGGAACGACUUAGUCGAGUCAAACACGAUGCUGGCAACGUGGCUACCCUCGUGGAAACUUGCUGCGAAGCUUUGGAACUGGACUUGGAUGCCAUUGAAACGGUGGUCAUGAACAAUCAUCAUCAUCGGAUAUUGCCAUUAGAAAAAAAUACAAGACACAUGGAAUGGGAAUGUGGAUUGCAAAUCAAUGGAGGAGCCGAAGAUGGAUACGAUGAUGAUUACAAUCUGCUACCCGACGCAACCACCAAAAUGGAAUUGUCGCAUCAUCUCGCUCAUGCCUAUUCUGCGGCAGCCCAAUGUCCCUUUGAUACUGGCAUGAUUGUCAUUAUGGAUGGCAUGGGAGAGACGUAUCGUACCAUGAUGCGAGCCAAGGAAAUGGGGGAUGAAUCCUACGUGAGUGAUUUCACAGACCCUGAUGAUGAUGAAAUGCAACUCAUUCCGAGUGAUUUACCAGAACAAUCUCGGAACAGUUACUUUGAUUGGAGAGAAGCCGAGACUGUGUACACCUUCACCAAAGAACGCAAAACCAAUCAACUCCACAUCAAACCAAUCUUUAAACGAUUCACACCCGAAAGGUCGCCGCCGACCUUGUACAAUCAUGGAUUUGAGAAUAUGGAUUCGCUGGGUGCCUUGUACUCGAGAGCAUCUUCCGAUAUCUUUGGGGAUUGGAAUGCCUGUGGAAAAGUCAUGGGACUGGCACCGUGGAUGGUUCAUUCCUGGAGUAAAGAAGACGAUGACGACGACAAUGAAAAUACAACUCCCAUUGUGCCCCGUAAAGAGACCAAACCAAUCUUGAAAGGAUCCAUCUACUUGGAAGAUCCCCAAAAGACAUUGCAGAUUGAUCGGAGUCUCAUGGCCGGGGAGCCACUUACAGCACGGAGUGAUCCAGAACUGUUUGACGAACACGGCAACUUUCUCAAAAAGCGACGCUACGACUUUGAUGACAACGACGGGUCGUCGUCGAAAACCAAACCAGACAAGCUACUUCCAACUCAAAUUGCGUUGGAUGCCAUUACACUGGCGUCUCGCAUGCAAACCGAUCUUGAGGAUGUUGUGAUGGACUUUGUCAAGCAUUUUCAGGAACAAACCAAACAAAAGAAUCUCUGUUUGGCGGGGGGCGUAGGAUUGAAUUCGGUCCUCAACGGACGACUGGCCCGAGAGCUUGGAUUUGAGAAAACAUUCAUUCCACCAUACCCAGGAGAUGAUGGGAUUGCUGUUGGAUGUUGUGCUUUUGCAUUGUAUGGAAAGCAAGUGCGGAAACCGGAACCGUCCAUUCAAUUGUGGUCCAAACCAUUGUCGCCCUACUUGGGCCCGGCACCCACCGAAUAUGAUAUCAAAAUGGCGAUUGAGGAUGCGGCACCAUGGUUGGAAGUGGAGACCAUACGCAAUGAAGAUCGUCGGGUAGAGCUCAUGGCCGAGGAGGUUGCAUCUGGAGCCAUUGUGGCGUGGUAUCAAGGACGGUCGGAACUGGGGCCUCGUGCUUUGGGGCAUCGUAGUAUCCUGGCCGACCCGAGAAAGAAAGGGCUGGUGAGAUUCAUCAAUCAGCAUGUCAAAAAACGGGAAACUUUUCGGCCUUUUGCUCCCAGUGCGUUGGCCGAAGAGGCUCACGACUGGUUUGACUUGGGGUCACACAUUGGGAGUGCCAGUGAUGAUCCCGGCAGCACCGAUGAUCACCCCAACAACGUGAGCCCCUAUAUGAGUAUGACAGCGUUUGUCAAAGAAGACAAGCGAGCAAUGAUACCGGCAGUGACUCAUGUGGAUGGCUCGUCUCGCCUUCAAACUGUCACAAAAGAGGCGGAACCAUUGUAUCACAAGUUCAUAUCCAAAUUCUUUAAAAAGACUGGUGUCCCCAUGGUCUUGAACACGUCCUUCAACACGCUACCAGGAGAGCCCAUUGUGGAAACACCACAAAAUGCUAUUCGAAGUUUCUUGUGUUCCAUGGGAUCCAUCGAAAUGCUAGUCAUGGGAGACUACAUAAUUCGACGGAAACAACCGGAUCUCCGCAAACUGCUGGGCGAAGUUUCCAAAUACGAUGAAAUUGUAAAAGAACCGGCCUGUCCGAAGCGGGCAGGUCCAGCAAACUUCCAGGCUACAUUUGCCUUGCACGGUGAUGAACGAGACGAAGAAUCCAUAGAGCCUGCCACCAAAGUUUGCAUGCCCGACAGGCCCAUGCACGAUGAACGUACCGAGGGAUGGUUUGAACUGGCCGAUGAAUUUGAAGGAGAGAUCCUUUCUGCCUGUGAUGGAACCAUCACUCUCAAUGAGAUUCUAGCUCAGUACACUGUCAAGUCCUCGGAGGAUGACGAUGCCGACCAGCCAUCACAGAGCAAAGUAUCAGACAGCCAAAUUCUUGCAGAGAAUGCGAUACAGAGGUUGGUCCGUCUAUACGAACAUACUCUGAUACAUUGGUAG